AGCCGCUGCUCCUGCGGCGUACCCCAUAUUUACAAUUAGCUAACAAACCGUACCGGGAGUCAAGUCUCCUUCACUGAUACUUCCGGUUAAGAGCUGUUGUCAUGGAUGAGGAAGACACCAGAAAGAGACAGACCCAGGAGGGAAAAGCAGGAUCUUCUACUGGGGAACGGCCGCGGUGGCCGGAAACGGAGGAGGGAAGUAACGGAGAUCUGGGUGAGGACCUCUUGCCGUGGUUUUCGGCGGACUGGAGUGAUGGUGAGUCGGUGGCGGACCUCUUGAAGCAAGUGGAAUGUACGGAUGCAACGUCGACGUCACUGGCCUCCUGGGCCACCACGAGGGUGAGGUUCAUCGACAACCCGUACUCGUCGCAGCUGAUUUUUCAGUCUUCUUCGUACAUCACCAUCAAUGGCAACGAGGAGACCUGCGGGUCGUCUUUCUCGGACUCGGAGUCGAGCGUGAUGGUGAGCGUGGACAUGGGUGGGAUUCUGAACCCCAAUGAGAGCGUUCUGCGCGGGAUUGAGGGGCUCGGAGUGUGGUUUACUGGGCGGGAGAAAGGGCUGUUGAGGUCAAGCGAGGCGGAGGCGCGUGGGUGGUUGGUGGGAGGCGGUGAGGGAAUGGAGAUGGGGAUAGACGGCCGUGAUGGGUUUGAUCGUAAUUGGGGAUGGGAGUGGGAUGAUGUUGAACUUGGGCGGUUUAUGGGGGAGGAGACCCCUUUUUUGACCCCCAAUUUUGAGUAGACAUAAACAGUGAAUCAAUCAUUUCUAAUUUUUGUUUUGCGAAAUACUUUAGGCUGGGGGAUGGGGGCCGGCCUUUGUUUAAGUAUUUUAGUUUUAGGUGGUGGUGGUGGCCGGGCGGAUCAUGCGGCGGAUUACGGUGGCUUUGGAUUAACUCUAUUAAUGGGAUAUAAAAUGGUAAAGAAAGA